UGGGUUUUGCAAAGCUCCCUGCUUACUUUGACCGCAGUAGAUUUCCCGUGCAGAUUAGAGACAACGUGUGAUGGGCGCAGGAAGAGACGAGACAUCGUCAACUUCCUGUAGCUGGAGCCACCAGCUGAGUUUCUUAUUUGGGGCUUGGUGGAACUGGGCACCAGGGUGUUGGAGGCAGGGCUGAAGGGCCCCUUGCUACCCCAUCAUGGCAUCUGCUCCCAUCAUCCUCUACCUCUGCUGCUGGCUGGCCAGGCAGAGCAAGGUGUCCGGUCAGCUCCCUGCGCCCGGACCCUCCAUCUCCGUCAGCCCCAGCGGGGUGAUCGCCCUGGGGGGAGCCGUCACCAUCCGCUGUCAGUGUCGGUGCGAGGCCAGGAGAUUAUUUCUGUAUAAAGGUGGACUUGAAAUCCAGGAGCUGGAUGCUGAUGGGGACGAGGGUGAAUUCACCAUCCCCAGCGCCAAGCGGGAAGACAGAGGGGUCUACAGCUGCCGAUCUCGCUCCAGAACAGAGCCGCCCAACUGGUCUGAUCCCAGUAACAUUGUGCCGAUCAUUGUAGCAGAGCUCAGCUACCCCAAACCCUCCAUCUUCCUGAGCCCCAACGGGGGGGUCACCCUGGGGGGAGCUGUGACCAUCCAGUGUUGGGGUCAGCGCCAGAACGUGAGGUUCCUUCUGUUCAAAGAUGGAAACCCGAACACGCAGCAGGACACGGAACCGGCUGGGGACCUGGCCGAGUUUUCCAUUCGCAGCGUGAGCCGGAGAGACGCAGGGAGCUACAGCUGCCAAUACAGCACCAAGUGGGACCCGCCCGUCUGGUCGGAGCCCAGCGACCCCGUGGAGCUGGUCGUAGCAGAGCCCAGCUACCCCAAACCCAACAUCUCCCUGCUCCCCAGUGAGGGGGUUGCCCCGGGGGGAGCUGUGACCAUCCGGUGUGAGUGUCGGUGUCGGGGAGCGAGGGUCUUUCUGAGUAAAUCUGGAGACCCGGACGCACGGUGUGCGACAGAUUCCGCGGGGGACUUGGUUGAAUUUCCCAUCUACAACGUGAGCCGGAGAGACGCAGGGAGAUACAGCUGCCAAUACAGCACCAAGUGGGGCCUGCCCGUCUGGUCGGAGCCCAGCGACCCCGUGGAGCUGGUGGUAGCAGAGGGAACCGACCCAGCUGGGACCCAGCAGCCGGAUCCCCCCAUGACGGAGCCGGCGGGAGAAGGGGGAACCGACCCGACUCAGCUGGGAACGGCGCCAGCUCCCACCCGCCCAGGCAGCGCGGGGCCAGGUGGAUCGGAACCAAGCGCAGCACCGGAUCUGACCCGCUGCAUCAUGGCCGGGGUGAGCGCGACAGCCGCCGGCCUCCUCCUCCUCCUCCUGGCCUUCCUCUGCUACAGAAGCACCCGAGGAAGGAAAGGACCAGACCCAAGACAGAGCAGGGAGUCCGAAGCUGCAGCCACAGUCUACGCCCUCGUGGGCGAAGGGAAGCAGCUGGAUGUCCUGCCCCAGGAGCCCGACCCCGAAGCCGAGGGACUCACCUACGCCGAGCUGGACCACCAGGGACUGCAGGCCAAACGAGGGGGCCCGGCCCCUGCCCCCGAGCCCGUCCUGUACGCUGCCAUCAAUGUGAGCCAGGGAGCCCACAGACAGAGCCCCCAGGGUGCAGGGGCGCCCCCCCACCCCCAUAGUGUGAACCCAGGGGGAGUCAUCGGAGCGACGGGACAGGGAGCGUUGGCCACUAGAGGGUGACAGAGUGAUUCCCUCCCCCCAGAGACUGGGUUCAGCUCAUAGCCCCCACCCCCGUAGCCCUCCCUCCAGCAGGUGCUGCCCCACCCAGCCCUACGGGUGGGGGGUUGGGGGAGCUCAGCACCGGGAGGCAGAGAGGACCCCUCUGGGGUAGGGUGUGGCCAACCCCCCUUCGUUCUACCACUACCCAGUCACUUACUGCAGGAUGCUCCAUCCAAGGCUGCAGUUGAUCACACCGCUGCCACCAGCUGUGACGGAGUCACAGGUCCGAUGUUCUGGAACUGCUCUUUAUCCAGCCAGCCAGGACUCUGGGGUGGCGCGACUUCCCUCAGGGCACGCUGUCCAGGGCAAAAAGCUUCCUCGGCUACGGCCUUCCUGGUCUGAUCUCGGAGCAUUCAGCAUCCCUGUUUCCACCGUGCGCUUCCCCUUGCUGGGUCUGUGACGUUGCACUCCAUAUGUUUUAUGCGGAAAUAUGCUCAUAAGUGUGAAUAUGAUGUAACUGGAAUAUGCUUCAUGUAAAAGGUCUCUUGUAAGGUAUCAUUACAAAGCUUAUAAUCUACUGAGUGUGGUCAUCCUAUUUGUGUGCAUGUAUCAUUCUUGUAUCUCAGAUUAGAAAUAUGAAGUAUAACUCCGAAAUCCUGUUGUAAUUAUGCCAAGUGUGGGCCGUUAAUGGUGGUUUAGAAUCUUGAUGGCUCCCAUUAACUUAGGACAAUUGGUUGUAAAUGGCUCUGUUUACUUGCAAGCCUUCCUGCCUUCCUGAGAGUCAGGCCAGGAAGAAUGGAGGCUUGGGGUCUCACAGGACAUGUGACCAUAUCCCCUGGUACUGGAAUCCAUCUUAAACCUGGUGGUUUUCCAUUUAGGAGGAGGGGUGGGGACCAGGGAGACAAAAGAUUCCCAUCUUGGGCCAAAGGUAUAAAAGGGAGUGGAACAGAACAAAAGGGGCUGCAGUCAUGAGAAAUCCCCUUGUUACCACGUGAGCUGGAAAUAACAAGGACUGUAGCAGGGGAAAGGAUUGGGCCCAGACUAGGAAGGAGUCGAGUCUGUGAAAGAAGCUUAUUGGAACAUCUCUGAGGGUGAGAUUUACCUGUAAUCAGUUUCUUAAUGAAUUAGGCUUUGACUUGAGUGUUUUGUUUUAUUUUGCUUGGUAACUUACUUUGUUCUGUCUGUUAUUACUUGAAAGCACUUAAAUCCUACAUUUUAUACUUAAUAAAAUUACUUUUGUUUAUUAACUGACCCAGAGUAAGUGAUUAAUACCUGGGGGAGCAAACAGCUGUGCAUAUCUCUCUAUCAGUGUUAUAGAUGGUGGGCAAUUUAUGAGUUUACCCUGUAUAAGCUUUAUACAGAGUAAAAUGGAUUUAUUGGGGGUUUGGAUCCCAUUGGGAGCUGGGUGUCUGGGUGCUGGGGAUAGGUGACCUGCUGAGCAGUUUUUGGUUAAAGUCUGCAGCUGUGGGGGCGUGGACCAGAGCUGGGUCUGUGUUUGCAGCAGACAUAGCGUGUCUGGCUCAACAAGGCAGGGUUCUGGAGUCCCAAGCUGGCAGGGAAAACGGGCUCAGAGGUAAUUUCAGCACGUCAGGUGACAGUCCCAAGGGGGUCUCUGUGACCGAACCCGUCUCCGCAUAUUAACACAGAACUUUGAGUAAUUCAUUUAAAUCACAUGACAGAUCUGUAUUUCCUGCACCUGUCAGAAGCCGUGCAAAGGCUUGGGGGUGUCAGGGGUAAUGGAGGAGCUGAGGGAGAGGGAAGGAGCCUAGGAGUGAACCUGGAAGGUGUUGGGUGUAGGUGGGAGAAGGUUUGGGUUUUUUUGGCAGGAGGGGAUUAUUAGGGAUCUGGGAAGCCUCCCACAUGCGGACCCUGGCUGGCCUCAAGCCUCAGCCAUUCAGUCAGGCACAUCAGCCCCUGUCCCCGCAACCCCCAUCCCCAUGUGUCCCUGCAGCCCCCCCCCCCCAUCCCCAGACUCAAUGCUGUCACCCCACUAGCUCCUGAGCCCCAGUCUGUGAGCCCCCCAGCAGCCCUGGGUGCCCCUCUCUGCCCUAACCUGGCUCUGCGGGCAGGUGCUGUGAUGAACUUCUCCUCCUGGGCGGUUCUGCAGCCCUGGGCAGACAGAGAAUAUUUUUCCCCACAGAAAAUACAUUCUGCCCCAGAAGUGCUGCAGUUCCGCCUCGGCCCACCAGGGGCCGCUGUGGCGCCAGAACAGCAGGCUGUGUUCAUGCUUCUGGUCGGUGUGGUGCCACAGUGGCCUCUGGUGGGCAAAGGGCGGAACUGCAGCACUUCUGGGGCAGACUGUAUUUUAUGUGGGGAAAAAACAAAAUGAUGCAGGACGGAUGAAUGCUGCGCGUCCUAGGGUCGCCAACCCUCCAGGAUUGGCCUGUAAUUUCCCGGAAUUAUAGAUUAAUCUUUCAUUAAAGAUUAUGUCAUGUGAUGAAAACUCCAGGAACACAACCAACCAAAAUUGGCAACCUUAGUGCGUCUGCAGAUGCGCAGAAUUGCCCCAGGAGUACCAGUCUGUGGAUGCAGUGAGGUGUCUGUUAGCCCUGGCGCUGUCCCUAGGGCUGGCAGCUAAGGGCAGGUUACAGACACAUGGGGAGGGGUUUGUGUCUCCCCAUCUCACUCCUGUUUGUGUGUGAACGCAGAGCUCCCUGUGCCCGGACCCUCCAUUUCUGUGAUCGCCCCGGGGGGAGCCGUCACCAUCUGUGACAAGGUGUGUGUAUGUGGGGGUUCCUGGUUUUUCCUUGGUUUUUCCAAUGGUUUGCAUGCAGAGGGGGUGGGACUCAGUUUCCCUGGGUGUUACUGGUUUAAUGAGGUGAUGGGAGACGGAGUUUGUUGUUACAGGGGACCAGUGACAGAACUUGGGACUGCAGCCAGUGGCCUGGAGAAUAGAGACCCCAGCGACUGGAGACCUGGUGACAGGGAGGCCCAGCUCGGGAGUCACAGCUGGUUCUGGCCAGUGGGAUGACAAUGGGCUGUGAAGAGAGGACCCCGGUGACCUGAUCAGCUGGUUCCAGCCAGAGGAUGGAAGAGAGGAGAGGAGGCCCAGACGACCCUGUUUACCUGGAGAGAAGACAAUGGACGGGGGGGGCUUGGGGUCAGUGAGAUCAGAUGCCCAGCUGGGAAGCAGGGGGUCUCAGGACUGGAGAGAGAGAGCAGACAGAGCCCACGUGGAUGCAGGGGAGACUUGGACGUGCUGUGCUGAUGGAGGCCAUGCCUGAGGCCCAGAGAGUUUCCUGUGCAG